AUGGAUUUACUGCUGCUGCUGCAUUGCACCUUUUGCUUUUUAUUCCCACUUUGGGAUUGCACCACUUUGGGAUUGCACGCCCGUGCAUCUCAGGAGGCCCAUCUAACCAAAUUCCUUUUAUCUAGAAGAACAGACACCACCACCACCACCACCACCACCACUAAUGAUCCUACUUUAUAUGACAAGUCGGUUCUCGGCAGCCUCCGAACAGAUGAGUACCCCGCCUCCGACCACGGUGCUCUGAAGGUGGCCGACAAGAUCCCGGCGCUGCCAGGGCAGCCUGAGGGUGUCGACUUCGACCAGUACGGUGGGUACGUGGCCGUCGACAGCCACAAUGGCCGUGCUCUCUUCUACUACUUCGUUGAAGCGCCCGGCGAUGCGACGGCGAAACCACUCCUCCUCUGGCUCAAUGGAGGGCCUGGAUGCUCAUCGCUCGGCCAUGGAGCGAUGCGAGAGUUGGGCCCUUUCCGUGCAGACAGGGACGGCAAAACCCUCACGAGGGACAAGUAUGCCUGGAACAACGUGGCCAACGUCAUCUUCCUGGAAUCACCCGCCGGCGUAGGAUUCUCCUACUCAAACACGUCUUCCGACUACGACGGGAUGGGGGGUCCAAUGGCUGCCCAGGACGCCUACGUCUUCCUCGUCAGCUGGCUCAACAGGUUCCCCGAGUACAAGGCACGCCCCUUGUACAUCACUGGGGAAAGCUACGCUGGUCACUACAUCCCCCAACUCGCCGCCACCAUCUUAGCACACAACAGCAGCAGCAACACCAUUAACCUCAAGGGCAUCAUGGUUGGGAACCCUUACCUCGACAGGAUGAAAAACCUCAUAGGGCACUACGAGUACCUGUGGAGCCACGGUGCCAUCUCCGACGAGGUAUGGGCCGACAUUGCUGGCGGCUGCAGCAUCAACGACUCCUCCAUCAGCGCGAGGUGCUACCACGCUAUUACCGAAUGUCAGGACGGUAUCCUGGAUCACGAUAACAUAUACGCUCCCACAUGCAUCAUCGACACCAACGGCUCCUACUAUUCCAGCACCUACUUGCCCGGGUAUGAUCCAUGCAGCUAUCUGCCUACCAAGGCCUACCUCAAUAGUCCUCAAGUUCAGAAGGCUCUCCAUGCCAGAGAAACCAAAUGGCUCGAUUGCAGCUACCUGGACUUCAAGGACUCACCGGACACCAUGGUGCCAACCUUGAAACGGCAAAUCGACCACGGCCUGCCCAUAUGGCUCUUCAGUGGGGAUUUCGACUCGGUUUGCCCCUUCACCGGCACCAAGUACACGAUCCACGACCUCAACCUCUCCGUCACCGAGCCGUGGCGUCCAUGGACGGCCGGGCACGAGGUAGGGGGCUAUGUCCAGCGGUACGCCGGAGGGUUCACCUUCGCCACCGUGAGAGGAGCCGGGCACAUGGUCCCGGCCUUCCAACCCGAGAGAGCGAUGAUACUGCUCCAGUCCUUUCUCACAGGGAUCGUCCUCCCUCCAUUCAACAAGGAGUACUAG